AUGGAACCCAAAUAUGAAUGUCUCCUCUUCGAUGUUGAUGAUACCCUUUAUCCCCUGAGUUCUGGCAUAUCAGCAGAAUGCACCAAGAACAUUAUAGAAUAUAUGAUCAAUAAGCUUGGCAUUGAGGAGGAGAAAGUCCCUGAGAUGAACGCGCAGCUGUACAAGGAAUACGGCACGACUAUGGCCGGUCUUCGGGCUCUCGGGUAUGACUUUGACUACGAUGAUUACCAUAGCUUUGUGCACGGUAGAUUGCCUUACGAUUGGUUGAAGCCCGAUCACACUCUAAGAAACCUUCUCCAUAGCCUCCCCUUACGUAAAGUCAUCUUCUCAAAUGGAAACGAAGCCCACGUGGCUAAAGUUCUGAGUAGGCUCGGGAUAGAGGAUUGCUUUGACGACAUCAUUUGUUUCGAGACUUUGAAUCCGUCACACACCAACAAUCUGCUCGAAAAUGGUGAAACCCACGAGUCCCCGAUAAUAUGUAAGCCUUUUGAGUACUCAUUCGAACAAGCAUUCAAAAUUGCGGAGAUUAACCCGCGGAAAACGCUGUUUUUCGACGACUCGAUCCGCAAUCUACAGGCUGCAAAUAGUGUAGGCCUCAAAACUGUUUGGGUGGGCUCGUCUCAUAGGACAAAAGGUGUCGAUUAUGCGUUGGAGAGCAUUCACAAUAUAAAGGAGGCAUUGCCCGAGCUGUGGGAAGCUUUGGAGAAAUCGGAUGUUCGUUACUCGAGUGAGACUGCGAUCGAGACCUAUGUGAGGGCUUAG